AUGGAAUCAACUAUUGAAUCUCAUGGAUGGGAUGGACAAGUAAGUUUUAGGAGAAAAAGCGAAUUUCCAAAGAAUUAUUUUACAAUUCUCGUUUAAAAGAACAUCUUUGAGCGUUUUAAUAUGCUGUUAGCUCGAUGGAAUCAUUUUAUUAGGCUUAUAAUUGCAUUUUCAGUUCACUGUCCAACAAGAUGAAGAGCAAUAUGCAAAAAUGUCUCAAAUCUUGGAACUCCUCGUUUCCGCCGGCUAUUUUCGAGCUAAAAUAGAUGGACUCAGCGCGUUUGACAAAGUAAAUAUUAUUGCUUUUAUAUUUUAUAUUUUGACAUUUAGAUCGUUGGAGGAAUGGUUUGGUGUAUACAACUGUGUGCCGAAGUGGUUGAUGUUGAUCUUCUUUAUUCUGAGAACUCUUCAAUUGGACAGAAAAUGUAAGAUCCCGCUUUUUUUCUUAUGUGUUUACAUCUUUUAGGUAAUAAUUUAACUUAUUUUAGUGCUCUGACCCAAAAUAUUGUCAAAGUUCUGCCCAAUUUCAAGUGUCCCCACUCGAUUGAGCCCCAUCAAAUCCAAGGACUUGACUGUAUCAACAUUUAUCCUGUUGUGAAAGUAAGAAAAACAUUAUUUUUUAUUUAUUGUUGAAAAUUUAGUGGCUAGUCAAAGAGGCGAUCGAAGCGAAGGAAAAAUAUGGCGAUGAAAUCCUUCGAUAUGCAAGUUCUCAAUUCAAGAAUACUGGGUGGGCAAUUGAUAAUGAACAACCGACCAGUUCAAUCAGUUCAGAGGUGGAGCGAGCAAAGCCAGUGCGAAGAAUGGCAAGGGCAAAUAAAGAGGGCUUCAAGAACAUCAAAGACGAUGUGAGAAGUACUUUGUUGGAGUUCGGAUUGUAAGUUUUUGAGUUUUUGGAGCUUUGAGAUUUUUAAUCUCAAAAAAUAUUCUCCAUUUUUAGAGAAGUUGAGGACGUCGUGAAAAAGGACACCCAAUUUGACGAUGAUUUGGGCCGAGAGAAGCGCAAAGAACUUGAAGAAAGUUUCCUCCGGGAUCUCCAAAUCACCGAGCAGUUGCGGAACGAGCUGGUUGAAGCCGAUCCACUCCAGCAAAAACGAGUGUCAGCGAGGAAAGUGAAUUCAAUGAUCGACUCAAGUGCCCUGGAGAAAGUUGCCAAAGAUUCGGAGGGUUUGAAGCUGGGAAAAGUCGAAGAAACGGAAGAGGAUUUGGCAGAAAUGGAAAAGAAAUUAUUGGGGGAUUUGGAAAAGUUGAAGAAAGAAAAUGAAGAAAUGGAAAAAGUUGUGGAGGAAGAGGAGAAUAAGGUCCAACAAAUCAGCGAGAAACAGCAGUACUUGGACGAUUUGUUGACCAAUACGGAUCCAGGUAAGAAAUGGUGGUUUUUUGAGGUUGUUUUUGAUGAUAUUGGAUUGGAAAAAUUUUGAUGAAAUUUGGCAUAAAUUUCGAUAAAAAUUUUUGAAAGAAAUUGCGAGAUUUUUAGUCAAAAAUUUGCCAAAUUUAUGGCGAUCAUGGAAUCGGAAAUCUACCAAAUUUUUUUACAAUUUUUGAGAUGAAAAAUUGAAUUAGUUUCUGAGGAGCAAAAAGUUUCAACAAAAAAAAUUUUUUUUCCGGGUAGGCAUCAAAAAGUGUGACGAAAAACCAAUUUUUUGUCUGACCGACUCUCCUCAUUUUGCGUGCUCUAUGAUCAAAAACAAAGGGUCAAAUUGUUUUUUUUUUCAUCCCUUAUGACUUCCUUGCAGAGAUCAUCAAACAAGUCAGCGAUCUGCUCGACCAAUGCCAAGAGCUUCGAACCGGAGAAUCCGAGUUCAAACGAGAAUGCCGCAGGCAAAUUGAGGAGGCCGAAGCCGAAAUCGAACGACUACAACAACUCGCCGGCCCGGAUCCUGAGAAGAUCAAAGAAUUACGAGAGGAAAAUUCGCAACUCGAGGAGGAACUGGCCCAAAUUAAUCAGGAGAUUUUCUAUCUUUCCAAAAAAUUGGACUCCACUCCCACUCAAAUUGAACUAAAUCAAUAUCAACGGAGGUUUGUGGAGUUGUAUAAUUUGGUGACAGCGAAACAUUUGGAAGCCCGGAGACUGUACAUGUUGAACAAUCAUCUAAUCGAUGCAUGUAAAUUCACCAAGAAAGAGAUUGAUUUGUUGAUGUCGAUUGAUGAUCAAAAAGAGUUGUAAGUUCAGUUGUUGGUUUCAUGAGGAAAUUGUAAAAGUGUGAGGAUUGAUUGUGAAGGAAUUCGGGAUAUAGUAGACCAAAAAUUUUUAAAUUUUUUUGGGAGAUUUUAGCUGAUUAUAUGCUGAUUUCAUUGGGAUUUUUUGAGGAGGCUUUUGGCAUGGACAAUUUUUUUUGAUGGUCGGUAAAAAACAGAAGUAAAAUUAAGCCUUUUCGCCGAAUUGUCUCCAAAAUUAAUUCUGAAUUCAUUUUCAGAGCCCUGAAAGAAGCCUACAAGUCUUCAUUUGUCGAGAACCUCCGAAAAAUCGUCUCCGGAGUCGACGAAAGUUUGGACAAAAUCAUGAAGAAGAAGGCCCAAACCCAGCAAGCCAAAGACUCCUCAUUCCGAACACUUCAAGACCUCAGGAAACAGAAGAGAUUGUACAUAAAAACUAUUGCUGAUUUCCAACAAGAAUGCCAGAAGAAUGAGAGAUUACGCGAACUCUUGAAAGAGAGAGACGGUUAG